AUGGUACGUUCACAUUCACUCGAAAUAAGUACUAUGCGCUGAUACAAUAUGCACAGGUGGUCCUCAGUGCAGCCAUCACCACCCGCAGUGGGAAACCCAUUCUCGCCAGACAAUUCCGCCAGAUGCAGCGAUCGCGAGUCGAGGCACUGCUGGCAUCGUUCCCGAAAUUGGCAGAUACUGCUUCUCAACAUACGACCGUCGAACAGGACAACGUGCGAUUUGUGUACCAGCCGCUGGACGAGCUAUACAUGGUCCUCAUCACCAAUCGCCAGUCCAACAUUCUUCAGGACAUCUCCACCCUCCACUUGUUUGCUCAGGUUGUCGGAUCGAUAUGCAAGAGCAUGGACGAGCGCGAGAUCACUCGCUGUGCAUAUGAGCUCUUGUCUGCCUUUGACGAGGUAGUCACGUUGGGCUACAGGGAGAAUCUCACAUUGAGCCAAAUCAAGACAUUCCUGGAUAUGGAGUCCCAUGAGGAGCGCAUUCAGGAGAUCAUUGCACGGAAUAAGGAGCUGGAAGCUUCAGAGGAGCGGAAACGGAAGGCCAAGCAGCUCGAGAUGCAGCGCAAAGAGAUGUCCCGCACUACCAGAGUUGGCGGCGGCAGCAUGGGAGGCAUGCCACGGACAUCAUCAUACACUUCAUACACUCCUCCGCCCACAGCACCCACCAUGACCGACUCUUAUGAUUCGUAUAAUGCCGCCAAGAACCAAUCUUUCAGCAAGCCCCUUGCAACAAGAGGAAAGGGCAUGCAAUUGGGCAAGAAGAAGACGUCCAACUCAAUGUAUGAGCAAGUCCGAGGGGACUUGGGGCCGGAGGCAGAGGCCAAUACUCCUCUGGCUGGUGUUCCUGCACCUUCUGCUCAGCCGGUCCAACCUUCUGUGCCAGCGACAAGAGGCAGCAUCGACAGAGAAGGCAUUCACAUUACCGUCGCCGAGGCCAUCUCCGCGAAGCUGUCAAGAGAAGGCGCCAUCGAGUCUUUCGAAGUCAAGGGUGACUUGCAGCUCCGAAUUACUGACUCCAGCCUCACGCAGGUCAAGCUCGAUCUAGCUGUGGGCGACACCAAGGGUGCACAGCUCAACGCACAUCCAAAGGUCGAUAAAGCCCAGUUCAAGAACAACAAUACCAUCCAGCUCAGCGACACCAGCAAGGGCUUCCCGUCCAACAACAGCAUUCAAGUGAUGCGCUGGCGUCUCGCUGCCAAGCCCGACGACAUUGCGGACCCGCCCAUCAAAUUUACAGUCUGGACCUCCGAAAUGUCAGCAAACACCUACAGCAUCACGGUCGAAUACGAACUCACCGGCUCCGAUCCUCUGAAGGAUGUUACCGUGAUUAUUCCGUACGCGACGUCUGAGCCCUCGGUCUCCAGCUUUGAUGCUGUCUACGAGGUCAGUGGCGACAGCAUUGAUUGGACCAUCGGCGAUGUGGACGACAGCAACGCCAGCGGCAGCUUCGAAUUCGAAGCACAAGCAUCUUCUGAAGGAGAGUUCUUCCCGAUGCAGGUGCGGUUUGCCAAGAGCAGGCCAUGGGUGGAUAUCGAUGUGACUAGCGUCAGCCUGUUGAACAUGAACCAGGAUGUGGGCUUUGGCAAGGAUGUGAGGUCUGUUGCGGAGAGUUACGUGAUUGUUUAG